UCGCCGCCUCGAGGGAAGGAAGCGAGGGCGGCUCGUGACUCCCCAGCGCCGCUGCCGACGGUCGAACGCCCUCUUUUUUCCCUGCCUGGUGAGUCCCCGUUCCCGGAGCCGAAGGAUGCAGUUUCGCCUCUUCUCCUUUGCCUUGCUUGUCCUGAACUGCAUGGAUUACAGCCACUGUCAAGGCGGCCGCUUGAGACGCGGCAAAAGAGCAAACUAUGGGCCAAAUCCAAUUUGCAAAGGUUGUCUGUCUUGCUCAAAGGAUAAUGGAUGCAUCAGAUGUCAACAUAAGUUGUUCUUCUUUCUACGAAGAGAAGGAAUGAGGCAAUAUGGAGAAUGCUUGAAUUCCUGCCCGUCCGGGUACUAUGGUGUCCGAGCCCCAGACAUGAACAGAUGUUCAAGAUGCAGAAUAGAGAACUGUGAUUCUUGUUUUAGUCGAGACUUUUGCACCAAGUGUAAACCUGGGUUUUAUCUCUACCGAGGCCGUUGCUUUGGAGAAUGCCCUGAUGGUUUUGCCCGUUUAGAGGAGACUAUGGAAUGUGUGGAAGGUUGUGAAGUGGGCCCGUGGAGCGAGUGGGCAAUUUGCAGUACAAAUAACAAGACCUGCGGCUUUAAGUGGGGUUUGGAAACAAGAACGAGGCAAAUUGUGAAAAAGCCAGCAAAAGACACGAUACCAUGUCCAACCAUUGCAGAAUCCAGAAGAUGCAAAAUGGCCUUGAGGCACUGUCCAGGAGGAAAGAGGACACCAAAGAAAAAGGAUAAGAAGAAGAAGAAGAAAAAGAAUUUAAUGGAACGAGCUCAGAAGCAACACAGUUUUUUCCUAGCUACAGACCGAGCUGGUCAAUAGAGACUUUUGUCCUGGGCCUGUUGUUACAUGUGGGUUGUUUUUUUGGUUAAUAUUUUGGGUUGUUUUCUUUUUUUUGCAAAAUACACAGAAGCUGCUAUUUGCUCCUGCAUGAGGAAGCACUGCGAUUCAGCUGCUUUGACAGCGUUUGGACCUGGGGAAAGAGAGGAGAACAUUCACAAGCUUGUUUUUGUGUGUUAUUUAUACUUUUAUGAUUAAUGUGGUUCUUACCAUUCUCAUUGUUCCCCAAACCUGGUCUCUCCAGGACUGAAGAAAAGCACUGAGUUCAAUCAGUGGAAGUGGGACAAAAAUGUCUUUUGAGGGUUUUUUUUUUUCCCUUUUGUUUAAAUUUGGUGUCUGCAAGAAGGAAGCAGUUGACUUCUUGGCACAGAACUUUGGAGAUAGGAACAUCAGGACUGCAUGGCACCAUGGGGCUAUGGGAUGAGUGCAUAUUUAUACAAGGUGAAGAAAUUGGGAAGUUAGAAUUGCAUAUUGUUUCUCAUACUGUACAUUUUCAAGAGUGAAGGACCAAGCAGAUAUCUGUAGGUAACAGACUUGGUCCUCAGCACACCUGCUCUACUGGAACAGAUGUAUGGUCAAUCUGCUCUUGACUGAUAUAUGGAGUUAUGGCUUAGUAUUUCAGGAGCACAGUGGUUCCCAUGUGUACAUAUCAUGCUGUCUACAUAUA